GUUCGCUGAAAAUGAUACGUAUAACAAAGUUAUCCUUUAAGCAUGACUGGAGAAUUAGUUUUCACUGGCCUUGCAUGAACAGUAGAAGCAUCAUGAAGAUACUUCUGCUCCUCCUCCUGGUCGGUUACGUCGCUGCCAACUCACCUGAUGCGGUGUUACAGUCGGCAACAGACAAUAUUCUCGAACACUUUAUACUGGGCAUGGAAGAAGGUUCUCCUCUUUACAGAGUACUAGGAGUGGAACAGAAUGACGAUGUCCAAAGGUUAGAAAAUGACAUAAGAGAAGAACUUGCCAGGCACUUGCGAGACGUUUUUGAGAAAGCAUUUAAGAAAGUUCAAGAGGCUAUUAAAAAGGGACAGAAAAUAAACGAAGCUGCUUUGGAGAAGCUCCGUGAAUUACGAAACAAAAUGAAAGAGCUUAAAAUCGAUGAUGAUGAUGUGACGAAAGAGAAUCUGGAACAGUUGAAAAAGCAGGUCGGCGAGACAUUGAGAAAAAUUCUUGAAAAAAUGGGUAUUUUGGACAAAAGAUCUCUAGAUGAUCCAAUGGAUGCAGUGUUUGGAGAAUUAAAUCUCAGAGCACUCUUCAUUAAACUGAAAAACAUG